UGCCAAGGAGGAGGUAGCUCCCGAACCACGGAGACAGCGGGUUGGCUGCCUUGGAGGGGCGUGGGAAGCGGGCGCACCUCGGAGAUCUGGGCAGGGUUGGUCGCGCGCAGGAGAUCGCUGGGUUCUUCUGGCUCAGAUGAGACCUCUCCUGCUCAGGAGCAGCUUGGGCAAGAGGAAGAGCUUGGUGGUGGCAUCGUCAGGUCUUGAGGAACCGUCCGAGAUUUACUGGUUGGCUCCUUGUGGCCGGGCGCGCUCAGCUGGCAGUAGCAGGAGACGUUCUCCUGGACCGUGGUGGGCCACCACUGCUGCUAUCUCUACUGGUGGCUCCCAGCGCCAUGUCGACCUCCGAGGAGGAGGAGUGGAGCCUGGACCCCUUGGCCAGCCCCGAGGAGGAGAGCCCCCCACGGCGGGGCAACCAGCGCGGCCCCCGGGGCAACCUCACCACGAGCACCACCAACCAAGCUUUGGUGCAGCUGGUCUGCCAGAAGAACCUCCACCGGCCCGCCGACAGGGCUCUCCUCUCCAUCCUAUUCUUCCGCAGUGACCCGGAUUCAAGAGCCAUCGGCGACAAGAUCGAGCAGGCCCUUGACCUGGUGAAGACCCACCUGGUGUACACCGUGCGAGAGGAGGUGGACCUCCUGAAGGACCAGAUCCGAGAGCUUCUGGAGAAGAAUGGGCGUCUGCAGCGGGAGAACCACCUUCUCAAGAACUUGGCAAGCCCAGAACAGCUCCAGAACGUCAAGUCCCAUCGGCCCCUGAAGGUCCGGCCAGCCUGCCCUGAGGACCUGAGAGCCCAGAAGAUGAAGGUCUACCAAGACCUUGAGAUCCUUCUCCCAGGUCCUUCUAGGAAACCAGGUGUCCCCCAUCUUAGAUCUGGCUCCUCCUCCCUCACUGCAGAACCUGGCAUUCCUCCCUCUUGAAAUUAACUUGGUGAGACUCAGGUGAAGUUGGUGGUCCAAGGAGACCUCGAAAACCUCCUCCCAGAUCCUGCUACCAAGCUCUGUUGCCCACUUUGACCUCCAGAUCCCUCCUCCAACUUGUGGACUCCUUCCCUCUCUCUGUCUGUUGGAGAUCGGGCUGGACUCGGAACUCGGGACUGUCCUGGGAUGAGAGGACCUAGUGGUGGAGCAGCAUGAUGAAGACCUGGGUUUUCUCACUCACAUCUUCUGGGGAAGGAGAUAUCGGAUAGGUGGAUCGGGGGAACGCUCUGGAUGUAAUUUACCUUGUAAUUUAUCAAAGCUUCUCUCUUUGAAUUUUGAAAUUUGGCAUUUACAUGGUUAGAGUUCCUACCUGCCUACCUAGUGUUCUUGCUAAAAGUUAAUAAAUAAUAAUAG